GUCAUGGCCGAGUGUGAACACUAAGACCUGCACACCAUGAAGGAGCGCUGACCCGUCUGCAGCAGGAGGAGCAGGACCUCCACCCAGAGGAGGAGCAGGAGGAGGUCCAAGAUGGCCGAGCCCCUGCUGAAGAGAACCUUCUCUAGACUGAGAGGAAAAGAGCGAUCCAGAAGGAAGACCGGAAUGAGCGAUGUUGCAGUAAAGGCUGACACGGUCCUCCAGACGUCUUCAUCACCGUCGUCACCCUUGAUGAAGACCAGACCCCCCCCAGCAGCAGACCCUGGUCCUCCGUCGCCACAGAACCACUUCACAGAGUCCAAGGAACAGCUGUGGGCCCGGCCGGGUUCUGCAGCUCCGCCCACCUCCAUCCCCAGAGACUCUGAUUGGAUAGACCAGAAUGCACCUGGGCAGUCCUGGAGUCACCGGCAAUCACCGGAUGAGGUAUCUGAACCUCAUCUUCAUGCUCCUGUGGGUUCUCCUUCUGGCCUCCUCGAGGCCCCCAGGCCCCCCAGAGCCCCCCCUGAUGCCCCGGCCACGUCUCCUGGCCAGCGAGCUUAUCUGCAGAGCCUGGAUCGCAGCAGCCGAGCCUGGGUGCUGGCGUCUGGAGAAGCCUGUGGGAUUCAGCAGGAGAGCAACAUCUGGUACAACCCGAUCCCUGAAGAGGAGGACACAGGAGGGCCACGCAGGGAGAAGGAGAUAUGGAGGAGCAGGGACGAGACGGCCAAGAGGACGGGGUCGGCCCAAAGGCGCAGCGAACUAAAACAUGUAAUUCCGUUUACAUCAUACAGUAUUUGUUUGUCUCUCACAGAUCCCGCCACCUGUGACGAUAGCUCCGCCUCCUUGAAGAAAGGGGGCGUGUCAGGUAGCGUCAUUGACCGGUUGAUGUCUCCUGGUACCAUGAGGAAACUCUCCUUUAAAAUGAAGAAACUCCCCGAGCUGCGCCGCAAACUCAGCCUGCGCUCUCGUGCCCAACGGCAGGGCGGCGACGAGCCGGCCGGGAAGACGGCGUCGGCCUCUGCAGCCAACCAGAACGUGAUCAGCAGGUAUCACCUGGAUAGCUCCGCCCCUCCAGCCAGACCACUGUGCCGGUCAUCGAGAGGCCGCUCGGCAAAAGGAGGUUAUCUUAGUGAUGGGGACUCCCCCGAGCUGCUGCCACGGCAACAGGCGCCUCCUCUCUCAACUUCCCAGGAGGUGGCGUGGGACAUGAGCUCCUUCCGACUGUAUGUGAACUCCGACCCCCCGAGAUGCAGCCAGCGGGUGACGGGCUUACUGACGGUCCACCUGCUGGGCCUGGAGGACAUGAAGACCAGCAGGUCCGAGGACAGGAAGGAGGUCUUCCUGGCCAUCCAGGUCGACGGGGUGACGAGGGCCCGGACCGCCCUCCUGACCCUGAGAGGCUCCUCCCUCCCACUGAACCACGCCUUCCACCUGGAGCUGGAGAGAGCCCAACAGCUCCGCAUCGUGGUGUUGACACCAGCAGCAGGAUCAGGGUCUAAAUCAGGUCCUGGUCCAACCAGGAACCGGGUCUGUGGUCUGGCAGGAGUCUCCAUCCCUGCACUCUUUAAAGGGUGUCAAAUUCAACAACUGUGUGUGAAGCUGGAGCCCCGAGGACGACUGUAUGUGAAGCUGUCUCUGGAGGAGAGCUGGGACACACAGCCCAGCAUCGAGGCCUCGGGGCCGGCUCACGUGUUCGGGGUUGAGCUGCACCACCUGGUGGAGAAAGAAGAGUCCACGUCCAUGAUCCCUCUCCUGAUCCAGAAGUCUGUGGCAGAGAUCGAGCGGCGAGGCCUGAAGGUGGUGGGUCUGUACAGACUGUGUGGCUCUGCCUCCGUGAAGAAGGAGCUCAGGGAUUGGUUUGAGAGGAGCAGCUCAGCGGUGUGUCUGAGCGACGACCUCUACCCCGACAUCAACGUCAUCACAGGUCAGUCCACCGGCCGGAAGCUUUUUCUCUGUCGACACGUCCAUGUAGCGCUGAGCUAUGUUCACCUCCGAUUACCCAGAACACCCCUCUCUGUAGGAUUACCCAGAACACCCCUCUCUGCUCUCCAGGCCACGCUGGCUCUCCUGCUGGACCACCUCAGCCUGGUGGCGUCCCUCAGCUCCUCCAACAGGAUGACGCACCAGAACCUCGCCGUCUGCUUCGGCCCGGUGCUGCUCACCCCGACCCAGGAGGCCUGGAGGGGAGGAGGAGGAGGAGGAGGGGGAGGGGGAGGGGGAGGGAAGGGAUUCAGUUCCAGUGAAGAGAUGGCGAGUGCGGUGGACUUCAAACGACACAUUGAGGCCUUACACUACCUGCUGCAGCUGUGGCCAGUGCCGAGUCAUCGAUUCCCAGCAGACGACCUCCCCGCCCCCUCCCCCUCCCCCACCCCCGCCCUGGACCAGGACCCUCGAGAACAGCAGGACUGGCCUCCUGCGCUGCGAUUGGCUGUGAGCCCUCAGAGGGAGGUGGUGGUGUCCCGACGGGGGCGGGGCCUGGCCCGGCUGGAGAGCCCUCCACCAAUCAACCGCUACGCAGGAGACUGGAGCGUCUGUGGCCCGGAGGCCGGAGAGGAGGCCGACUACGACGAGGUGGCAGGCAGUGGGGAUGAAGAGGAGGAGAAGAAGGAGGUGUGGUCCGGAGGAGGAGGAGGAGGAGGUCUGUACGUGGACCAGCUGAUGGACUUUGACGCUCCCUUUAACUGCCGACUCAGCCUGAAAGACUUCGACACUCUGAUCCUGGACCUGGACCGAGAGCUGGCCCAGCAGAGCCACGUCUGCCUGUAGACCAGGUCCUCCUCCUGGGGGUCUGGAGGGAGACCUGGACCCUGUUCUGGUUCUGGGGGUCAGGGCAGCAUCCUGCUGGAUCCUGGUGGAUCCUGCUGGAUCCUGGUGCUUAAGCCAUACUUUCUCCUUGUGGAGCAGCUCAUUGUUCUGCUCCUUCAGACCACUAGCCAAUGAGGACUCCACAGUCCAUGAUGUAGUCCUGCAGGGUUCUAGACUCCGCAGCUGGUCCUGUAACUGGUUCUCUACCCCUGCUGGUCCUGUAACUGGUUCUCUACCCCAGCUGGUCCUGUAACUGGUUCUCUACCCCUGCUGGUCCUGUAACUGGUUCUCUACCCCAGCUGGUCCUGUAACUGGUUCUCUACCCCAGCUGGUCCUGUAACUGGUUCUCUACCCCUGCUGGUCCUGUAACUGGUUCUCUACCCCAGCUGGUCCUGUAACUGGUUCUCUACCCCUGCUGGUCCUGUAACUGGUUCUCUACCCCUGCUGGUCCUGUAACUGGUUCUCUACCCCCUGCUGGUCCUGUAACUGGUUCUCUACCCCAGCUGGUCCUGUAACUGGUUCUCUACCCCUGCUGGUCCUGUAACUGGUUCUCUACCCCAGCUGGUCCUGUAACUGGUUCUCUACCCCAGCUGGUCCUGUAACUGGUUCUCUACCCCUGCUGGUCCUGUAACUGGUUCUCUACCCCCUGCUGGUCCUGUAACUGGUUCUCUACCCCAGCUGGUCCUGUAACUGGUUCUCUACCCCUGCUGGUCCUGUAACUGGUUCUCUACCCCAGCUGGUCCUGUAACUGGUUCUCUACCCCAGCUGGUCCUGUAACUGGUUCUCUACCCCUGCUGGUCCUGUAACUGGUUCUCUACCCCUGCUGGUCCUGUAACUGGUUCUCUACCCCAGCUGGUCCUGUAACUGGUUCUCUACCCCAGCUGGUCCUGUAACUGGUUCUCUACCCCAGCUGGUCCUGUAACUGGUUCUCUACCCCAGCUGGUCCUGUAACUGGUUCUCUACCCCUGCUGGUCCUGUAACUGGUUCUCUACCCCUGCUGGUCGUCAGUAUGUUCGCGGUACAGAGAUGUUGUGAAGGAGGCCAUCGUCAGGGUUACCGAUGAAGAUGUUUCUCUGUUUACGGUUGGCUCUUGUUUGUUGACAGUAUUUCUGUAUAUAUAUAUAUAUAUAUUUAUAUUUAUAUUUAUAUUUAUAAAUAUAUAUAUUGAGGAUAAUAAUCCUGUUCCUGACGGUGUUCCUGACGGUAGUGGUGGAGCACGCCGUCUGAACCAAACCAUUAAACACAUUCGUAGUC